UCCGCGUCGUCUCGCUUCUGGCCAGUCUGUGUGAUGCAGUGAGUGAGAAAUGACGUCGCCGACACCUUCUAUGAGUGAGGAUGAGGACGACCGCGAGAUCAACGUCGACUCGGGCCACGAGGACGGCUGCGAGGAGGAGGACUCGCUGGACAUGAGCAGCGUCUCGCCGCCCCCGGCGCUCGCGUUCAGCAUCUCGAGGUUGUUGGGAGAAGAGAAGAGACAUGAAAGCCCCGCCGGCGUCAUCCGGGUCCCUGCACAAAGAGUCCCUCCGCCUCCUGCAGCGGGCCCGAUCGCCCCUUUUCCCUGGCUCGUUCAUCCGGCGGCUGUCAUACACAACAGCGCUGCAGCCGCCGCCGCAGCAGCUUUCGCCUCCCACGCCAUCAAAGAACGCUUAUCCGCGACAUUUCCGAUGACCCGAAGAAUCGGCCACCCGUACCAGAACAGGACGCCGCCGAAGCGGAAGAAGCCGAGGACGUCGUUCACCCGCCUCCAGAUCGCCGAGCUGGAGAAGAGGUUCCAUAAACAGAAGUACCUCGCCUCGGCCGAGAGGGCCGCACUAGCCAAAUCCCUCAAAAUGACAGAUGCCCAAGUCAAAACGUGGUUCCAAAACCGUAGGACAAAGUGGAGGCGGCAGACGGCUGAGGAAAGGGAGGCUGAGAGGCAAGCAGCUAACAGGUUGAUGAUGUCCCUCCAGGCCGAAGCGUUGGGCAAAGGGCUGUACCAAAGCCCGGGCGAACCGAGGCCGAACCCUUUGGCCCAGCCCUGGCCACCUUCGCAGUACCAGACGAUAACAUCGCCGAUAUGUUAGUGCGGAAGUCGGAGGAAGAAGCCCCUUUGAAAACCGGUUGAGAUCCGGUCGUCGACAGAUUUUGAUUGUUUUUGUGAUUUUUCCUCUCGAGAAUUAGGUCUCACUUGUGAAGAAUUAGCGAUAGCGAUUUGGCUAGCACAUCGAUUUACCUCAUUCAACAAGCCAAGUCUCUAUUUAAAAUUCUUUAUUCUUAAACACGCCAUUUGUAAAUAUUUAGAUGUUUUAUUUAUUGUACAUAGUCAUUUAAAUUAAAUAUAAAAAGUUGAAACUUUAAAAAGUUAGCUUCGGUACCCCAAUGCUUUACCGAGCACACAAGUGCCAGGAUUAUUACUCUUCAUUUUGAUAUUGUGUGAUAUAAAUCUUGAUAGGAUUAUAUAACAACCAGUGCAAAUACUGUAAAUUAAACUACUAAAAAGAAUCUUUGAAAUACAAGAAAAAUAUCGUAAAGCGUUCAUAAUUUUAAUUUUAAAAGCCGAAACAUAAUUGGUUUGGGCAAGAAAAAAUGUUUAUAUUCGUUAAGAAAUUUUGUACAUAUAUGGUGAUGACAUUAAUUAUAUUGUAUUGAAAUAAAAAAAUAAAAAUAUCCCUGAUGUUACUUAUGUUCAGAAAUGCUUUUGGCCCUGUAUUUAUUAAAAUGCACUCAUGAUCUUUCGUUUUUUGAAUAAUUGUCAUGUUUUAUCAACGUUCGAGUAGCAUGUAAAAUUUAAAUCCAAAAAAAUAUAUGAGCACCUGUCAAUGUUAUUUGGAUUAUCGUACGUCAACCGAAAAUACCUGCUGUAUAAUAUCCAUGCUUUUCUUAAAAAAACAAAAACAAAAAACAGUAAAC